AGCUUUGAAAGAGCUUCAAUGGCGAAAACGCUGAGAACAAUCAAGAACCCUUUCUUCACUCCGCAUCCACCAUCUCCCUUCCUCCACUUCUCUCUCCUCUUCUUCUCUCCCCCGAAGAGAACUACCAGUCCUCGGUAUCUCAACCACCACCACCAAACUCGCUGCACGCCUCAGCAAGUCUUCCUCCUCCUCAUCUCACUUUCCCUCCUUUUCUCGGGAAUCUCGUUCCUCGCAUCGUCUUUAACCACCAGCUCCACUUGCAUCGUCUCCUCGCCGUCUUCCCCUCUCGGUUUCUUCGUAUCCGACGACCCUCGCCAUCUCCUAACUUCCCUCGCCGUCUCCGUCCCUUCCACGCUGCUUCCUUUACCGGCGAGAGGAGGACGUUCCGGGAACAUGACGGAAGAGGAGAGGGAGUUCUGGAAACAGCCCAACGGCGAAGGUUACAAGCCGUGCUUGGAGUUCAGUUUGGCUUACAGGAAGAAAGCUGCGAGAGUCUCUAAAGAGAAGAAACGUUUCCUCGUCGUUGUCGUCUCCGGUGGACUCAAUCAGCAACGUAAUCAGAUCGUUGACGCUGUUGUCAUCGCGACGAUUCUUGAAGCUGCUCUUGUUGUUCCAGUUUUGCAGGUGAAUCGAGUUUGGGGUGACGAAAGUGAGUUCUCUGACGUUUUCGACGUAGAGCAUUUCAAGAAAACGCUUAGAUCGGACGUGCGUGUUGUUUCUUCUUUACCGUCAACGCAUCUUAUGUCUAGACAGACUAUUGAGAAUCAGAUUCCGUGGGAUGUUUCUCCGGUUUGGAUCCGUGCUAAGUUCUUCAAACAGUUGAACGAGGAAGGGCUUUUGGUGUUAAAAGGGUUAGACUCAAGGCUAGCCAAGAAUCUCCCUCCGGAUCUGCAGAAACUCAGAUGCAAAGUUGCUUUCCAUGCACUGAGAUUCACAGCACCGAUUGAGAAUCUUGGGAACAAACUCGCGAGAAGGAUGUGGAUUGAAGGUCCUUAUAUAGCUCUCCACUUAAGGCUAGAGAAAGAUGUAUGGGUAAGAACCGGUUGUCUCACCGGUUUAGGCUCAGAGUUCGACAGAAUCAUAGCGGAAACAAGAAUGUCUCAGCCGAGGUACCUCACUGGUAGACUCAACUUGACCUAUACAGAGCGUAGGCUUGCUGGGUUAUGUCCUCUCAAUGCAUAUGAGAUUGCAAGGUUGUUGAAGGCAUUAGGAGCACCGAGCAAUGCAUCGAUCUUUGUGGCAGGAGGUGAGCCGUUUGGUGGGUCACGAGCGAUGGAGCCACUCGCUAAAGAGUUUGCUAACUUGGUGACAAAGGAGACAUUAGCUCAUAAAGGAGAGAUGUUGCCUUACACCAAUAGAUCUUCAGCUUUGGCUGCUAUUGACUACAUUGUCUCACUUAGCAGCGAUGUUUUUCUUCCUUCACAUGGCGGAAACAUGGCCAAAGCUAUGCAGGGAAACAGAGCUUAUGUAGGGCACAGGAAGUUUAUAAUGCCUAACAAGAGAGCGAUGCUUCCUUUAAUGGAGAACCCUUCGGUUUCAGAAUCUGAGCUCAGUCGUGUGGCUCGGAAGCUUCACGGCAAGUCUCAGGGUCAUCCUGAGUCAAGGAGAGGGAGGAGAGAUCGUGACGUAUUGGCUUAUCCUGUUCCGGAGUGUAUGUGUCGACAUGGUAAACACAGGUCUAUAGGUUUCUUCUAGUUCAGGUUCCUUGCUUCCUCUAAGCAAAUACUUGAAACAAAAGUCAGGUCUGAAGGGUUCUUCUAGCUCAGAUUCCUUGCUCCUUAAGGCAACACUUGCCAUUUAGGCAUGUCCAGCUGUAUCCAACUCGUGUACAUAUUGUCUGUUGUAAAUGUACAGAACUGUUUUUAGUCGUACAAAAUUACAUUCAUUCAUUGUUCAUCAGCGAGACACGUGUAUUUGUAUUUCCCGCUUCAGAAAACAUAUACAUUUUGCAUAAUGAGUUUUAGUCUCUCACAUAAACUACU